AUGGCGUUCAGUGGAUUAUCAUCACAGACUCUCAACUAUGCCAGGAUUUGCUUCCUAUUGUCAUGCGCUUUCUUCGUGCUGAAGGACCCUACCGCCGUGUGUCGCUACUCUAUGCUUGUUCUUCUAGCUGGAUCGUUCAAACUGCCCCUCGUCAACUUGGAGCCCCAAGACCCUCGAAAUGGUGUUAUUUCCCUGUUUUUGCUGAUGCUGGCUGUCUCGGAUCUGGUGCCUCUUCUGGAGUCAAAUGUGCAGUACUUUGAAUCGGUGGUUCCCACGCGUGUGCUCAUUCUGUUCACUCUAGCUGGUUUCUGCUAUUUUUCGAGUUCUAUCUAUGUUGCUAAUAGUCUUGUAUUUGGCUAUGUUUUCAUGGAAAUUUGGUUUUCAUUGAUGAUAUUCAGUUCUCUUCGCGAUGAAAAGUUUCAGAGGAUGAAGAAGUUGUCUGAGAAAAUUCAGACUGCCGAGGAGGAAGAUGACGAUGAAUAUCAGAGGAUUGUCCAUGAUGUUCAUGAAAGAUCCGAACAGAGUGGAUUAUAA